UCCCCGUCAUCAGUUUGUAAUAAUCAGUCACACCACCUUGUUCCCCCGAUGGCUUUUUAGAAGUUGAGAUCGAUGGAAAGCAAUGGAUCCCAAAGCCUCACACUUCUCAAUCAGAACCAUCUUCCUUCUUCACUUCUGUGAACAUCAGAAUCAGAACUGAGUUAAAAAAAAAAAAACAUGGAGCGGAGAGAAGAGGAGCAACAAAAGCGAGACGAUUCCAGAUUCAAUCAAACUCUCAAGAACGUCCAAGGAUUUCUGAAAGGAAGGAGUAUUCCAGGCAAGGUGUUGUUGACUAGGAGACCGGAUCCUACUCCCGAACCAAUCUCUCCAACUUAUCACCGAAGCUUGUCGGAGAAUGACGCCGGUAGAAACGAGCGUUCGGACAAUCCCGUCGAGGUGGAAGAUAACAAUUCAAGCAAGAAACAAGAUAAUACAUAUGCAGGUAAGCUACGAUCAAACUCCUCUAGUGGGGAGCAGCUUGCGAAACAAGUCCAAAACCUCAAGAUUGGUGGUAGAUCAAGUGACCAUGCAAGAGUUAUGAAGUUCAACAAAGUGCUUUCCGAAACUACUGUCAUUUUAGAGAAGCUGCGUGAACUAGCGUGGAGUGGUGUCCCUCACUAUAUGCGCCCUGAUGUCUGGCGCCUUCUCUUGGGAUAUGCACCACCUAAUUCAGAUAGAAGGGAGGCUGUUCUGAGGAGAAAACGUCUUGAAUAUCUUGAAUCUGUUGGCCAAUUUUAUGACCUUCCAGAUUCCGAACGUUCUGAUGAUGAGAUCAAUAUGCUUCGUCAGAUUGCUGUUGACUGUCCAAGGACUGUACCAGACGUCAGUUUCUUUCAGCAAGCACAGGUGCAGAAAUCAUUAGAGCGUAUUCUCUACACAUGGGCGAUUAGGCAUCCAGCGAGUGGAUAUGUUCAGGGGAUAAAUGAUCUGGUCACUCCCUUUCUAGUUAUAUUCUUGUCAGAAUAUUUAGAAGGUGACGUAGACAGUUGGUCAAUGUCCGAUCUAUCUGCUGCAAAAGUCUCAGAUGUAGAGGCGGAUUGUUACUGGUGCUUAACGAAGCUACUUGAUGGUAUGCAAGAUCAUUACACAUUUGCGCAACCUGGAAUCCAGAGACUUGUGUUUAAGCUGAAGGAAUUAGUCAGGCGUAUUGAUGAACCUGUUGCAAGACACAUGGAAGAGCAAGGACUAGAGUUUCUUCAGUUUGCUUUUCGGUGGUAUAACUGUCUUCUCAUACGUGAGAUCCCGUUCAGUCUCAUCAACCGGCUAUGGGACACUUAUCUUGCCGAAGGAGAUGCAUUGCCGGACUUCCUAGUGUAUAUAUAUGCUAGCUUUCUCUUGACGUGGUCAGAUGAGCUGAAGAAGCUGGACUUUCAAGAGAUGGUGAUGUUCCUGCAACACCUGCCGACACAAACGUGGACAGACCAAGAGCUGGAGAUGGUACUGUCAAGAGCAUACAUGUGGCACAGUAUGUUCAACAAUUCCCCAAACCAUCUGGCUAGCUGAGUGACUUUUUCCCUCGAUUAUGAUGUUGUUCUUUCUUGGUUUAUAUUUUACUUAUGUCCUUGUCGAAAUCAGCUUUAGUCUUUUUAUUUAUUUUCGUUUAAAAUGGUAAAUGCUAAAAAACAUUCGUGUUCCUGUUGAAUCUGUCACCAGUUUGUGUUUUGUAAUAUUUGUAACCUGCCUUUUUUUUAACCUCCUCAGUAACUUCUGUUUGAUUUUCA